CACUCGUGCGCCCAAUCCUCUCCCCCGCAAGAACCCUAGCCCCCUGUCGACAGCCGCCACACCCCUCGCUCCUCCUAACCCGACUCCACGCUCAUUUCCUCCUCUUCCAUCCUGCACAUCGGUCGCCCCCUUACCCUCCCGUCCCUCCCCUCCCCUCCCCUCCCCUCUCCUUCCGCAUUUCAUCCAUUUCGGGCGAGCUUCUCCGGCGGCGAUGGCGACCGGCAGGCAAAGGGUGACCCAUGGAUCUGUCCAGGAGAUAGAAGAUGAGAGGGAGAGAGAGAAGGAAGGAUAUGAGGGAGAAAGAGAGAGGAAAGAGGAGAUGGAGGUCCUGCUGCGGGCGGGAGAGGGCCACGGAUCGGCGUUGGCCUUCGCCGGGGCUUGAUCCACUCCUAGGUCCUUCCUAUUCUACUUCUCCCCACAUCCACAGAGUAUAAGUCAUGGAGCAUGGGGUCGACGACGGGGGCUGGAAGCCAGGAGGGAUGGCCGAGGAAGAAGGCGACAACGUGUGAGUGGCAGAGGUCGUCUCUCUGGCCAUCGCCUUGUCUCCUUCACAGCGCAUGGUGCAGCAGGCUGGACGGGUGGCGGGGGCGACAGUUAAGGCCACGGACGCAGCUUGGAGAGCUAUGCGGAGGUCUUGACCAAAUAUUGUCUCUUUCUCCAUGCGGCCUCCUCCCCUCGGCUCUGUAUUUGUCGGUGAGGUUUCUCCUUGCCGUCGGUAGCAGCAGUGAGCAUAGGGGCAGCGGUCGCAGUCGCCUGCGGAGCACAGCGGCACGUGGGCUGGUCUUGCCGCCGCCAGAGCAGAGCGAAGGGGGUCGAUGCAGGGUCAAGGAGGGGCACGAGCGAGGGUCAUGCCGCACGGGGAGCGCACGACAUCCAGCGAGAGAAGACUUUUCCUCUUCCUGUGUCGGUGUGCACCCCUCAUUGCCGCCCUGCUCGUCCUCCAGAUCAAUGAAACUUGAAAGAGCAGUGGAAGAAACGGAAGCAUGAUGUUUUGGGUGUGCACACAUGUAUAGUACUCGCAUUUUCAGAUGAUUGUGAAGUUUAUGGAAGAAGCAUAUCUGAAUGCUUGCUUCAAGUGUUUCUUGCUCUAAACAUGGUAACCCAUGUCCUUACAUGCAAGAAGCUGCUCUCAGUUACUUCUUGGCAAAUGAUCAGUUGAUUAAUUUCUUAUGGCAUAUUAUUUUUUACAUGGAACUAAAAAGAACACUGGUUUUCUGAGAAAAUAAGAUUAGGGAAGUCACACAUGUUGUUUAAAUCAAGAUAGCAUAUAUGUAGCUUUACUUGCUAUUUUUGCAUCAUGGAUGCUGAAGUUCCUAGAGGUAAAGCAGAAACUUGAUGCCAUGUACAGCCGUGCAAGUGUGCUGUCUGAUGGUCUUUAAAAAUUUCUUAUAGACGAAUGGCUGGACUAAAAUUUUCAAAUCGUAAUAAGCACUUGUUUUCUACAGUUGGUAGCAUAUAUAUAGCUUGCGGAGAUUUCAUGUAAUAGACAUCUAAGUUAAA